CCCUCAGCCACCGCGCUCCUCCUCCUACACAACGGCAGCCGGCGUGACGGUCAGUGGAAGCCACAAGAAGCGCCGAUCGGGACCACGGGAUCCCCCUGAUCUUGAGGGAUGGGCUGGGAGGAACAGGUAGAAGAAGAAGAGGAGGGCGGAGGGAUCCCAGAUCCUUCAAGACUUAGUGUCAAGGGGAAGCCUCUCCGGAACAAGUCGCUCUCCGUCGGCUUCGACGAGAAGGGCCUCCGGGAUUUUAUUACUGGGUUUCAUAAGCGAAAGAAGAGAAGGCAAAAAGAAGCUCAGCAGCAAUUAGAGGAGAAGGCAAGAAAAUUGCGAAUUGAACAACGGAAAAAGAAGAAGCUGGAAAUACAAUUAGCUUAUGGUGGUGGACCAGUGAAUCCUGGCACAGUUCCAGAUGACCCCCGUAACGAGAUUGAAGAAGAUGGUGAAGAUUUUCAUGGUCCAUCAAUUACCGGAACUACUGUCUACAACAAUGGGUCCUCCACCAUCACUGUGACAACUAGUGAGUUGUGUGGAGAAGAGAACAAGGAUGUUCACAUGUGGGAUCAUGUGGCAGAAAGGCAUGCAAUCCCUAUCAAAGAAAGGGUCUUGAAGGUGAUUAAAACUCAUGCAAAGCUUUCAAGGAAAGCAAAUGUGCUAAAGCAAGCAGGUAGUGCGAGGAAACCUGGGAAGGGUUUACAGAGACAUGGGGGGGAAAGGAAAGGGAUUAAGGGUUCAAAGAAACAGGUAGGCAAGUGGGAAAAUAUGGCCCAUGGUUCCAGGCAGGCCAAGGGUAAAAGGAAAGUUAGAAAGUAGUUGCUACGGCAUGUUCAAGUCCUUGUUCCUUUUUUCUCCUUUUGAUUCAUAUGGUGUGAGGGGAAUGGCAUAAAAUUGUAAAAGUAGUCCACUGCUUUUGAAACUCAGUUACUAUCAAUGACUGCUAAUCUAAUUUUAGAGAUGCUGUUAUGGCUG